GCGGGGGGAAAUCAGGACCUCGUUAACUUCAGCACCUGGACAGCGACCAUCCCGAAGGCCCUGGAAGUCGGAGAUUCGCAGUGUAACAAUGCAAAUCGAGCAAACGGACAAGCGCCCAGACAAACGAUGCUUCGCCAAGGGAUGCUGUGAGGAACAAUGCGGCUUCUGUCGUCGUCCAGGGCCUUUUGUUACUGGGUGAUAUUAAAAAAAAAUUAAAUUAAAAAAAAACGGCUGUUUUCCGCGUGUGGAGCGCCUUCGCUCAGCAGCAUCCUCAGUAUUGCUGAGAAAAAGCGCACCGUCUUGUGGGUUCCCUCCGAGAAGGGAGGGGUGCAAUUACACCCUCGCACGAGGGGAAAAAAGGCACGGAUUCCUUUGUUUACAUUGGAAUAAAAGUGAAGAUGCGUCGGCUUCCCGGACCGGAGUUGCCACUAUUGCUGUGGAUACUCAACAUCUAUCCGGACAACAGUGCGGCACGCUCAGCAUCCCAGCAGUGUGAUGACGUGCUGGCAACUCCACUACCCUACAGUGCUUUCAGCAGCUCCUCCGUGCUGGCUCAUGACUUCGGUGCCGGCUACGCUAAACUCUACCGCCGAGUUGGCCACGGCGGCUGGUCACCACUCGACUCAGACAGGUACCAGUGGCUGCAGGUAGACCUCAAAGGCAGGAAGCAGAUCACUGCCAUCGCAACCCAAGGCAGAUACAGCAGCUCAGACUGGACCAAGCAGUACAGGCUUCUAUACAGCGACACAGGAAAUAACUGGAGGCCUUAUCGACAGGAUGGCAACAUAUGGACGUUCUCGGGAAACUGGAAUUCUGAGACGGUGGCGCGGCAUGAGCUGCAACAUGCCAUAGUGGCGCGGUAUCUGCGCUUCCUUCCCCUGGAGUGGAGCGAGGAGGGCCGUAUUGGGCUGAGGCUGGAGGUCUACGGCUGCGUCUACUGGGCGGAUGUGAUCGGUUUCGACGGACAGGGAGUGAUCUCCUACCGCUUCCGACAGAAGAAGAUGAAGAUCCUGAAGGACGUUAUCUCGCUGAGGUUCAAGACCAAUAAAGGAGAGGGUGUUCUGGUCCAUGGAGAAGGACAACAGGGGGAUUACCUCACCCUGGAGCUACAGAGCACCAAGCUGGUUCUGAACAUCAACCUGGGUAGCAACCAGUACGGCUCCAUUCGGGGCCACACCUCGGUGUCCAGUGGCAGCCUGCUGGACGACGACCACUGGCACUCGGUGCUCAUCGAGAGGUACCGGCGCAGCGUCAACUUCACCCUGGACCAGCACACACAGAACUUCCGCACCAACGGCGAGUUCGACCACUUAGACCUGGACUACGAGAUCAGUUUCGGGGGUAUGCCGCUUUCAGCUAAAUCGGGCUCAGGGGGCCCACAAAACUUCAUCGGAUGCAUGGAGGGUAUCCAUUACAACGGAGACAACAUCACCAACCUCGCCCGCAGGAAGAGAGUAGACACUUCCAGCUUCCGCAACCUGACCUACGCGUGCGCGACCUCGCGCACCUUCCCGGCGUUCUUUAACUCCACCAGCACGCUGCAGCUGCCGGGCCGGUCCGACGCCGACACGGUGGCUGUCAGCCUGCAGUUCCGCACCUGGAGCGCCAGUGGCCUGUUCCUGUUUGCGCCGCUCAUGCCGGGAGGCGUGGAGCUCAGCCUGGCGGAGGGCAAGGUGGUGGCGCACGUCUACGUCGGCCAGGGCAAGAACUCGCGCAUCGACAUCUCCUCAGGUUCUGGCCUCAAUGAUGGCCAGUGGCACAGUGUCCAUUUCCUGGCACUGGAGAGCUUUGCCAUACUCACCAUAAACGGGGAUGAGACCUCUUCUGUGAGGGCUACUCUCCCCAUUCAAAUCCGGACGGUAGGGGAUUACCACUUUGGAGGCUACUUCCCGCGGACGGACCUGUCGCCGACCCAGCGCGCCUUCCAGGGCUGCAUGCAGCUCAUCCAUGUUGACGAGCAGCUGGUGGACCUGCGUGCCGUGGAGCAGGGCAUGCUGGGAUCCUUCGAGAACGUUAGCCUGGACAUGUGCGCCCUCAUCGACAGGUGUGUGCCUAACCACUGUGAGCACGGCGGGAGGUGUUCGCAGACUGGAGACACGUUUAAAUGCACCUGCGACGCAACCGGAUACACCGGCGCAACCUGCCACACAUCUGUGUAUGAGCAGUCUUGCGAGGAGUACAAGUACCUGGGCCGGACCUCCGACUCGUACUGGAUCGAUCCGGAUGGCAGUGGGCCUCUCGAGCCCUUUAAAGUGAACUGCGACAUGACUGAGGACAAAGUGUGGACGACGCUGGCAAAUGAUCUCCCAGCUCAGAGUGCAGUGAGCCUCAGCUCUGAUCCGGAACGGGGAGCUGUGCUGAAGCUCAACUACACCGUGUCCACUGAUCAGGUGUACGCCGUUACCAGCAAUGCAGAGCACUGUGAACAGUAUGUGACUUAUGCCUGCCGUAUGUCACGCCUUCUCAAUUCUCCAGAUGGAUCUCCGAGCACAUGGUGGGUCGGCCGAGGGAACGAGAAGCACUUCUAUUGGGGCGGAUCAGGACCGGGAAUCCAGAAAUGCGCCUGUGGCAUCGAACGGAACUGCACGGACCCCAACCACUACUGUAACUGCGACGCCGACCAGCGACAAUGGCAAGAGGAUGCAGGCGUGCUGAUGUAUAAGGACCAUCUACCCGUCACUCAGGUGGUGGUGGGAGAUACACACCGCUCUGGAUCCGAGGCCAAGCUUACCGUGGGGCCUCUCCGCUGUCACGGAGACAGCAACUACUGGAACGCUGCUUCCUUCAACACGCCGGCAUCGUAUUUGCACUUCCCCACAUUACAAGGCGAGACCAGUAUGGACAUCUCCUUCUACUUCAAGACCUCAUCUCCGCAUGGCAUCUUUCUGGAGAACCUGGGCAACGCCGACUUUAUUCGGCUGGAGCUGAAGUCGGCCAGUGUAGUUUCCUUCUCUUUUGACGUGGGCAAUGGUCCAGUGGAGCUGACCGCACGCUCGCCAGCACCCCUUAACGACGACCAGUGGCACAGGGUGGAGGCGGAGCGCAACGUCAAGGAGGCAGUGCUGCGACUAGACAAGCUACACAGGGAGGUGCGGGCCGCCCCGCCCCAGGGCCACACACGCCUGGAGCUCUUCAGUCAGCUGUUUGUGGGUGCUUCGGGGGGCCAGCGGGGGUUCCUGGGAUGCAUCCGCUCCCUGAAGGUGAACGGCGUGACCCUUGACCUGGUGGAGCGCGCUGCGGUGACCCCGGGGGUGAAGCCAGGCUGCUCGGGCCACUGCUCCAGCUAUGGUGUGCACUGCCAGAACGGGGGCAAGUGCGUGGAGAAGUACAACGGCUACACCUGCGACUGCAGCCUCACGGCCUUCGACGGGCCCUACUGCACGGAUGACGUGGGGGGCUACUUCGAGAGCGGCACGCUGGUCCGCUACGACUUCGUGCCGGAUGGUGGCAGCAGCCACGCCUCCAGAGUGGCGGGCAACCUGACCCACGAGGAGCUGACCUUCAGCUUCAGCACGUCCCACGCUCCCACCAUUCUUGUCUACGUUAGCUCCCGGACCCAGGACUACCUGGCCGUGGUGUUACGCCACAACGGUACCCUGCAGAUCCGCUACAGCCUGGGUGGCCUGAAGGAACCCUUCACCCUCAGCCUAGACCACCGAAACAUGGCCAACGGCCAGCCCCACGUCGUCAACAUCAGCCGACAGGAGAGGGUCGUCCUGCUGCAGUUAGAUCAUUACCCCACGGUCAGCUACUCUCUUCCUGAAGCUUCGGACACAGAGUUCAACCUGGUCAAAACCAUUUUCCUUGGGAAAGUCUUUGAAACGGGACAGAUAGACCCGGUGCUCAUCGAGCGCUAUAACACCCCGGGCUUUGUGGGCUGCCUGUCCAGGGUGCAUUUCAACCGCAUCGCCCCUCUGAAGGCAGCGCUGCGGCCGGCCGUGCCGUCCACCGUGUCUGUGCAGGGAGUCCUGGUGGAGUCCAACUGCGGCGCCCUGCCGCUGACCGUCCCGCCCAUGUCGGCGGCCUUUGACCCCUGGAAGCCAGACUCGGGUGGAGUCCAGUUUCCAUUCAAUGAAGAACUGGUAAGUCGGGAUGGUGUCAAUCGGGACUCUGCGAUAAUUGGAGGCAUCAUUGCAGUGGUGAUCUUCACCAUCCUCUGCACGCUGGUGUUCCUGGUGCGCCACAUGUUCCGCCACAAGGGUUCUUAUCACACCAACGAGGCGAAGGGGGCGGAGUCGGCAGACUGCGCAGAUGCUGCCAUCAUUGUCAAUGACCCCGCCUUCACAGAGACCAUUGAUGAAAGCAAGAAGGAGUGGUUUAUUUAGUGAAACUGCAGGGAGAAGCGGCCCGUUUUUGGAGAGUGCCACCUUACGGUGCCGUCACGUUCAAGGUCUCCACAAUGAAUCUUGAGUACGUAAAGUGGACUAAAAGAAGAGGUCCAUCAGGAUGUGUGUGCAUUGGCUGGCACGUCUGUAAAGUGUUACAUCAUAUGUGUAUAAGUGAGUGCAAUACAAAAACUUGAGUCUAUCUGAAUCCAUCCCAUGCACACAGGAAAGCAAUUUUUUGCAUUCCACGGACUAAAAUAUUCAAGCAAUUUCUAUCAUGUGCUUUUCUGUCAUGUUCAUUUAUACUACCACAACUGAGAAUUAUCAAUGGUAUCUUUGACUGCCAUAAAAGUGAUCAAGAACCCCAAAAGUACAAUGUAUAUUUAUGUUGCAGAUGACAUUUGAUUGUGUAUGAAUGUUUUUAAUGUUGAUAUGUUUAAGACAAUGAUACAGCACAGUAGCAUGGUAUGAGACUUACAUUCCACAAUGUUAAAGCAGCCCUUUUAUCUGACACAGUAGUUUGUUCUUAUACUUACGUGAAUUCUGUAGUGUGCCUCACCAUGUUGUGAAUAUACAUAACUUUUGCCAUCUUUAUGAAAAAUAUAUUUAGAAGUCUCAUUUACUGUUAUCAGGACAUUUUAUGCACAACAGUAGUUCAGAUUAAUUCUCUCAAAACAAUUACUCUUAAGUGAACUUUUCAGUUUAGUUCGGACAGAUAAUUUAACACAAAUGAACUUUAAUGAUUUAAUGUGCCUGGAGGAUUUAAGUCUCUGUCUCUUGACAAACACUUAACAUAAUGGUAACAUUUAUUAUUUUACAUGAAAAUUGAAUGGACAGAAAUGCACCUUUUGUAAGUGAUUAAUGCUUAUUUAUUUUGCAGCUGAAUGUAUUGCUAGUUUGGGGUGUGUUAUAGCUCUAAGAAGACCAUUAAAGUAUCAUCUUCAUCAUUUGCCACUUUGACAAAGCCCAGGUACUGUAUAUAUUUUAUCUCUAUAUUAUUUUUUUAUUAUUUGCAUUAGGGUUUUUUUGUUGUUGUUUUUUGUUGCUUCCAUAGGAUUCUCACAUUUAUGUAGAUGUACAUUGUCUUAACUGAUGAGCAAACACUGGGGUUUUUCAUAUGACUGUAUGACUGUAAUCUAAUCUAUCAUAAAUAUGAGAGACUGGUUGUUUUAAAAUACAUUAUGAUAGUCUGGGUACAGUUUAUGGAUGCGUGUUACAGAGUGCACAAGCACAUUUUGGGUUUUUAAUCCAGUGCAAAUAACACUCUGUUUCAAAGGAGCAAUAAGUGUCACUUUGAUGUUCUGACUAAUGCUUGCAUACUUUGGGCCACAUGGCAGGGUUUGUCUCGUCCUUGGAAAAACUUGACAGGCUAAAACUUGACACAUUGAAAAAACAAACAAACAAAAAAACCUGGGCCUAUAGCCUGUCAUCCCCAAGAUUUUUGCCAGGUCAGUUGCACUCUUUUCAACAGAUUCUGAAUGCACAGACCAUUGUGAUCUUUCUUGCCACCAUGGUAACAUUCAGCACAUGUUACAAGCAUCCUAACACAUCAAGACAUGAUAAUCCUACAUCUACCCUUUCUUAAAAUGUAUUUAUUUAUUUAUUUUAAUAGGCCCUGGUUGUUGUGAUGGGCCACUACUAACAUUGUAAGUUUAUCUUUAAGAUGAACGUUCUGGUUACAAAUGUGGAUAAUUUCAAAUCAUUGUUAGAUUAUGUUGUAAUUACAUUAUUAUGUGUAAUAGGACUACUGGCUUGAUUCAAUGCAAAGGAUGAUUGUUUUGUUUUUUCAUACCCAGUAAUGUGUUACUGUAUUAUGAACAAAAUCAAUUAUUGUAAGAAUAUUGAGUCCCGUAAUGAAAGCAUUGCAGAUAUCAAUAAAAUAUUGCAUUGUUCCUGUUUUGAUAACAAAGCUGCAAUACCA